AUGCUAGCUCAAUGCUCAGGGGAAGUGCAGUGCUUUGGGCCCCAAAACAAGAAACAGUUUUCACUGGAAUUGGUGCAGCGGCUGGCACAGGGAAACAGUACCGGAGCAGCGGCCAGCACAGGGAAACAGUACCGGAGCAGCGGUCAGCACAGUGAAACAGUACCGGAGCAGCGGCCAGCACAAGGAAACAGUACCGGAGCAGCGGUCAGCACAGGGAAACUGUCCUGGAGCAGCGGCCAGCACAGUGAAACAGUACCGGAGCAGCGGUCAGUACAGGGAAACUGUCGCGGAGCAGCGGCCAGCACAGGAAAACAGUACCGGAGCAGCGGCCGGCACAGGGAAACUGUCCCGGAGCAGCGGUCAGCACAGGGAAACUGUCCCGGAGCAGCGGUCAGCACAGUGAAACAGUACCGGAGCAGCGCGGACAGCACAGUUAAACGUUACCGGAGCAGCGGCCAGCACAGGGAAACUGUCACAGAGCAGCGGGCAGCACAGGGAAACAGUACCGGAGCAGCAGCCAGCACAGUGAAACGGUACCGGAGCAGCAGCCAGCACAGGGAAACAGUACCGGAGCAGCAGCCAGCACAGGGAAACAGUACCGGAGCAGCGGUCAGCACAGGGAAACAGUACCGGAGCAGCGGUCAGCACAGGGAAACAGUACCGGAGCAGCGGUCAGCACAGGGAAACAGUACCGGAGCAGCGGUCAGCACAGGGAAACAGUACCGGAGCAGCGGUCAGCACAGGGAAACAGUACCGGAGCAGCGGUCAGCACAGGGAAACAGUACCGGAGCAGCGGUCAGCACAGGGAAACAGUACCGGAGCAGCGGUCAGCACAGGGAAACAGUACCGGAGCAGCGGUCAGCACAGGGAAACAGUACCGGAGCAGCGGUCAGCACAGGGAAACAGUACCGGAGCAGCGGUCAGCACAGGGAAACAGUACCGGAGCAGCGGUCAGCACAGGGAAACAGUACCGGAGCAGCGGUCAGCACAGGGAAACAGUACCGGAGCAGCGGUCAGCACAGGGAAACAGUACCGGAGCAGCGGUCAGCACAGGGAAACAGUACCGGAGCAGCGGUCAGCACAGGGAAACAGUACCGGAGCAGCGGUCAGCACAGGGAAACAGUACCGGAGCAGCGGUCAGCACAGGGAAACAGUACCGGAGCAGCGGUCAGCACAGGGAAACAGUACCGGAGCAGCGGCCAGCACAGGGAAACAGUACCGGAGCAGCGGCCGGCACAGGGAAACGGUCCAGGAACAGUGGCCGGCACAGGGAAACGGUCCAGGAACAGUGGCCGGCACAGGGAAACAGUCCCGGAACAGCAGCCGGCACAGGGAAACGGUCCCGGAGCUGCGGCCGGCACAGGGAAAUUGUCCUGGAACAGUGGCCGGCACAGGGUAAGUGGUCCCGGAACAGCAGCCGGCACAGGGAUACAGUCCCGGAACAGUGACCGGCACAGGGAUACAGUCCCGGAACAGCGGCCGGCACAGGGAAACACUCCCAGAUCAGCGGCCGUCACAGGGAAACAGUGGCUGGCACAGGGAUAUUGUCCCGGAGCAGCGGCCGGCACAGGGAAAGCAGACCUGGAGCAGCAGCUGACGUGGGGAGGGGGGGGUGAGUCCCGGGUGGAGGUUGGCACGGUGAAGCAGUCCCGGGCAGAGACUGGUGAGGGGAAGUGGUCCCAGAGAAAACCUAUCUUGGGGUAGCUGAGAGCCAGUGCCGAACAGACUGGUGGUUUUAGUGGAGUUUGGGGGUUUGUUGGACUGAGGCCUGGCACAACUCGAUGCUCAGCUCUGCAAUGUAAUGUUUAUUUGAAUUUUUUUUAUCUGAUUGUACUGUGAAUCUUUUAACUAUGUCUUAUUUCUAAUUUAUUCUUUAAACACUGUAAAGUAAUACAACUACUUUUUUUUAUUCUUCGUUUGUAUCAAUUUGUACCAAAGUACUUGUGCCUGAGAUGACGCCAUAACAGGCCACAUUGUAAAACUUUUCACUGUAUUUUAACAGGAUAUUCUAACCUCAUAUUUGCAUAUUUCCUUGGUGUGGUGACCAACUGGAUGGACUCUA